AUGACUGUCCCAGUGGAUGUCCCUGUCUCGCCUCGCCCUCUCCGCCCCCAUGAGCGCAUUCUCACCAACGAAGAUGGCGCUAUCAACACACCGGCUCGAGCACCUACACCGGUCCUCAACUUCGGCACUCUAGCAGUUCACGCGGGCGCACCUCACGACCCAGCAACGGGCGCAGUUAUUGAGUCCAUCUCGCUCUCGACCACCUUCGCACAAACAGCCGUGGGUAAGCCCAUCGGCCUCUAUGAGUACAGUCGCAGCGCAAACCCCAACCGUGACAACUUUGAAGAGGCGGUUGCCGCGCUGGAACAUGCGAGAUUUGCCCUUGCCUUCUCCUCGGGUUCAGCCACGACAGCCACGAUUCUGCAGUCAUUGGCAGCUGGGUCGCAUGUCAUCUCAGUAUCAGACGUCUACGGUGGUACACAUCGAUAUUUUACAAAAGUGGCGCUGGCGCACGGUGUUGAAGUUACAUUCUCGCCCUCUAUCGAACUCGACAUUGAAGAGCUAAUCCGCGAACAAACGAAGCUCAUUUGGAUCGAGACACCAUCAAACCCUACGCUCAGCCUGGUCGAUAUCCGGCACGUGGCUUCAAUCGCCCACAAGCACGGUAUUUUGGUGGUGGUGGACAAUACAUUCCUUUCACCCUACGUACAAAACCCGCUCGACCACGGAGCCGAUAUCGUUGUCCAUUCCGUAACGAAAUACAUCAAUGGACAUUCAGACGUCGUUAUGGGCGUCGCAGCUUUCAAUUCCGAACACCUGGAAGAACGGCUUACCUUUCUGCAGAACGCGAUUGGAGCCGUGCCGUCGCCGUUCGAUUGCUGGCUCGCUCACAGAGGAUUGAAGACCCUUCACCUCCGAGCGAGAGAGGCGAGCAGGAACGCGCUAGAAGUUGCGAGGGCACUGGAAGCUUCACCAAACGUCAUUGCAGUGAAUUACCCAGGCCUGGACUCGCACAAACAGAGGGCUAUCGCCGUCAAGCAGCAUCGUGACGGUAUGGGUGGUGGUAUGCUUAGCUUCAGGCUGAAAGGUGGCCAUUCAGCUGCAGAGCGUUUUUGCCAGCAGACCCGCAUCUUCACGUUGGCCGAGAGUUUGGGCGGCGUGGAAAGUCUCUGUGAGGUACCGAGCGCGAUGACACAUGCCGGUAUCCCGAAAGAGCAGCGCGAGGCUAUCGGAGUGUUUGACGACUUGGUCAGACUAAGCUGUGGUGUCGAAGAUGCAGAUGAUCUGAAGAAGGAUAUUCUGCAAGCCUUGGAGAAGGCCGUCGUUGGACCGAAGAUUACGAAUGGCUUGAACGGGACGAAGUGA